GAUCCCAAUAGAUUAUGUCUGAGCAGCCGACAAAACUCAAGUAUACUAAACCUGUGAUCCUUCCACCUUUUAAAUGCGUGAGGGUUUAACAUUUCUGGUUAAUUAUACUCCAUAAUUUCUGCUUGGCUGGAAACAGAUAGACAACCUACAACAAGUAGAAAGAGAAGAUAUUUUGAGAGAGACUUUGAUUUGAAUGGUCUACAAUAUACAUGGAGCCUUUUGAGUUAUUGACGAAAUUGACUACCAUUUGGUUUUGAGUAAAAAACCUAGAUGGAUUAUCUGGGUUCGAUUCAAGUGCUCACAGCCUGCAAAGAUGCAGCUGGAAUUGCAGGGAAUAUCUUUGCUUUCGGACUAUUUCUAUCUCCCGUGCCUACGUUCAGGAGAAUUAUCAGGAACGGGUCAACAGAGCAGUUCUCAUGGCUGCCUUACAUCUACGCUCUCUUGAACUGCUUGAUCACUGCUUGGUAUGGUUUGCCAAUGAUCUCGACUGACAACUUGCUUGUCACAACGGUUAAUUCAGUUGGCGGAGUUUUCCAGUUAGUCUACAUCGCUAUCUUCAUAGUACACGCUGAAAAGAAUCAAAAGUUGAGGAUGUUAGGGCUGCUUUUGUCAGUUUUCGUAGUGUUUGCAGCUAUUGCAGUGGGAAGCUUGCUCAUGAGCAACUUUGAAGUCCGCCAUCUGACCGUUGGAUUUCUAAGCUGUGCUGCCCUCGUAUCUAUGUUUGCUUCACCGUUGUUUAUAAUCAAUUUGGUGAUCAGAACAAAAAGCGUUGAAUUCAUGCCGUUUCAUCUGUCCCUCUGCACGUUCUUGAUGAGCACAUCGUUCCUCUUAUACGGACUAUUCAAUUUCGAUCCAUUUGUAUACGUCCCCAACGGGAUUGGAACUGUUUUGGCAACGAUACAGUUGUUUUUGUUCUGGUAUUACACAAAGCCAUCAACAAGAGAUUCCACAGAACCAUUGAUAAUUUCCUAUUCUGGGAGUAAUGCCUGAAAAAAGAUGUUGCCCUAGACCCCGCAAGAUUGUUCGUACAUUGAGUGUCGAAGGACAAGAGUCGAGCUCAACGAGUCAUCUACAGGCCCGGUUAUCGGUUCUCUGUAUAUUUGAGGCUGGCAGUUGAAAAAUGGUUUGGUUAGCCUUUUCUUUUCCAUUUGUUUUACAUUUUAUUAUUCACUAUUGUCAUAUUGUAUUCAUUUUUGGCAUUUGGUGUCAAGUAGUAGCAUAUAGUAUAAUUGUGAUUCUUAUGUAUUUGAACACAACUUCAUUAAAAUUGAUAAUUUAUGGUUGCUUUUCUUUGCA